AGAUAAGUAUUACAUAUAUUGUACUUGAUAUAUCAACAGUAAUUAAUAACCACAAACAUUAAAGUUUUGCUUAAUAAUCUGCCUGAAAAGUAAUUUCUGACCUAUAAAUUAUUAAAAAUCUUCAAGAAAAGUGUCAAUGGUAACUUGGAGGUGGAUGCCAUUUGCAUGUAUACAUGGAUAAAAAACUUAAUGUUAAAAGAAACAAGAGGAUAACCACAUGAAAGCAUGGGCUCAGUUUUAGCUUGUGGGAAAAAUUCUCAGGUUUCUGUUGAAUCUCAUAAAACAUCCAAUGCUAUGAUCAAAAGAAGGACAACAAUCAGUCCUUUAAAUGAGAUGAAAGAUAACUGUUAUACUGAAAAAGAUGCCAUAAAUCAUGAAUUGAAAUUAUCAAAUGAAGAUCAUUUUGAUUCAAAUGUAGUUAAACCAAUAAGUCGUGUUAGUUGUUCUCAUGGAGAUUUACAAAUGAAGUCUAGUGUGGGAACAGCAAACCUUUUAUGUGAUAGUAAAAUCCCAUUGACUCGUAAAGAAGUGCAAGAAUCAAAACGAAGUUAUUCAAAAGAGAAUCUCAAAGUUAGCAAAAGAAAGAAAAGAAUACCAACCCGAGAAAAUGCAAUACAUGUUUUAGAGGCUGACCAAGUAAACUGUUAUCAAUUAAUGGAAGAAAUAGGAAGGGGUUCAUUUGGUUCAGUUUUCAAAUGUUUAUGUCACAAAGACAACUGUUUUUAUGCAAUGAAGAUAAUCAGCAAAAAAAGAUUGAUGAGAAAGAAUGGUUUGAUGGCCCGAAAUCCAAGAGCUACAAAAAAUAAUCCAUUGGCUCCACUUAAUAGAGAAAUUGCUAUUUUAAAAAAGAUGGAUCAUCCAAAUGUUGUCAAGUUGAUUGAAGUUAUAGAAGACACCCAAGUUGAUAAUGUUUAUAUGGUGUUUGAACUAAUAAAGAAUGGAGUUGUUAUGGAAGUUCCAAGUGAAAGUGUGAUAGCAGAAGAAAAAGCCAGACAAUACUUUCGUGAUUUAGUUUUGGGAAUAGAAUAUUUGCAUUAUUCGAAAAUUAUCCAUCGAGACAUUAAACCAUCAAAUCUUUUGUUAGAUGAAAGUGAUCACAUUAAGAUUGCUGAUUUUGGAGUUUCAGAUAUGUUUGAAGGGGAAGAUGAUUCUUUAAACAAAUAUGCUGGAUCUCCAGCAUUUCAAGCUCCUGAAGUACUUGACCAUCGUUUUCGUGAUAAAUACAGUGGAAAAGCUGCAGAUGUAUGGUCAAUGGGAAUUACAUUAUAUUGUUUUCUCUAUGGACAAUGUCCAUUUUUUAGUGCUGACCUUUCAGUAUUAGUGCAACUUAUUAAAACAGAAUCUGUUGAAUUUCCAAAUGAACCAAUUUUGAGCCCUCAAGUGCAUGAUUUAAUUUCCAGAAUGUUAUCGAAAGAGCCAAAUGAAAGGAUUUCCAUAUUAGAAAUUAAGACUCAUCCUUGGGUAACUGAGGGUGACACAUCUCCACUCCCAUCAACACUUGAUCACUGUAGUGUAAUUGAAGUAACCGAUGAUGAAGUUCGUAAUAGUAUCAAAGUAAUUUCAAAACUUUCAUCACUUGUUUUGGCCAAAAAUAUUUUAAAAGGGAAAUCAUUUGUUGGAAAUGCUCGUUUAAAAACAUAGCUUUUGUUUGUAAAGAAUGAAUUGAUGAUUAAGAAGAUUCAAAAAAAUGACGAAAAUUUAUAUAUCUUGGAAUUCUGUUGGAUUUCGGGAAAAAAACUAUGUCUCUUUGAAGAAAUUAAUUUUCUUGACAUUUAUCGCUUGUAUUUUGGUGAUAUCUAUUAUAUUAUGCGAGAUUUUUUAUUACGCGGGUUUUUUACUUUUGCGCGGAUUUGUAUAAAGAUACUCAUUUUUAAAUAUAUAUAUUGCUAUGUAACAA